AUGUCACCGGUUAAAGUAACAUUUUUAUUUUCUAUUAUUUUUAUAAUUUUUACAUGCUAUCACAGUACCGUUAGUAAACCUUAUGAAGAAGAUAGAAUUGUUGGCGGAAAUUUUACUAAUAUUAAAUUAAUUCCUUAUAUUGUUUCCGUGACAAUGACAGACGAACUAAUUCAUAAUUGUGGCGGUUCUAUAAUUGAUUCUAACAUUAUACUGACAGCAGCUCAUUGUACCCAAUUUGAAGAACAACAUCUUAAAACAAUGAAAAUUCGUGCUGGUAGUAAAUAUUCUGACAAGGAUGGUGAGAUAAUAUCAGUAUCACAGAUUAUCGAUCACGAAUCAUAUGACAGUGUUUCUAAGGAUUUUGAUGUUUCAAUAUUAAUAUUAUCGGAAAACUUAGUUUAUACAGAUAGUAUACAGCCAAUUAAAUUAGCAGAUGAACGUUAUAAAUCUGGAACAAUAGCUAGAGUAAGUGGUUGGGGUUAUGAAUCACUUUUUGCUGAUGAUAUUUCUACAGAAUUAAAAACAGCUUUUGUACCAAUAACUAAUUGGAAAAAAUGUAAGAAAAAUUACGAACUGCUAACAGAAAAUCAACUUUGUGCUGGAAAAACAAACGGUGAUGACGCUUGUACUGCAGAUUCCGGUGGACCGUUGGUUGUAGAUGAUAAAUUAAUUGGAAUAGUAUCUUACGGGAAUGGAUGUGGUAUAGGUGGUGUCUAUACUGAUAUAUGUUCCUUGUACAAAUUUAAUUUAACACAUUAA